AUGGAGCCUCUGCGCAUGGCCAUCGAGCGUGGCCGGGAGGCGGGGCUCGAGCGUUCGGAGAUUGACAAUGCGGUGCGGAUCCUGCACGACUUGGAGUUGCGCACCCAAGCCGUCGCUUUCACGGAUGUCCCGCGGUCUGACAUUCUCAAGCUGCAGGCCUGCAGUUCUCGGGAUGAGAUCGUAGAGUCCUUGAAGACUCUGAUGAAGCUGAAGGACAAGGAUGGCUUCAGAGCCGAAGUCCUCGCCGAGUUUCAUUUCCAGAACUUCGUGUUCUGUCAAAAACAAGGCUACGGACCUGAGAAGGCCUCUGCUUUGCUCUCCAUGAUGCGCGUCCUCCACUCGCAGACCGUCGUCGGGAACAAGGACAUCGAGGAGGCAAAAUCCUUGCUGGAAGAUCUCCUUGCCAGGCAUAGCCGCCAGCUACCGCCGUUCAGCGUGGGCAUCUUCUCCCAGGCGGAGGUGGCAUCGAUUCGCGACUACGCGACGAGGACACUUCUUCGACACUUCAAGAUGUUUCAGUUCAUUUACCAGCAGUGCAAGGACCUGCGCAUUCGAACGAUCGAAAGCAGGGUGACGGCACGGGUUCCGAGCCCUGCGCCACUCCACACCGACUUCGAGCUCAAUCCGCACGAGGUGCCGCAGCUCCAGGAGCUCCUACGCUCCGAGGCCCACGCAUCGACACACUGA